GUCAUAAUUCAACAUGUCUGCGUCCAUUAUGACACUUUGCACUUUAAAUAUACAAAAAUCAUUUCGAAGACUUUUGAAAAGCAAUUGGUGUACAUUUUCCAGAUAUUCAACAGUCCGUAAAUCAGUUGAAAGUGUUUUAUCGACUGUCACGGACAAUAAAGUGCAGAAAAUAGAGGGAUGGUUGAAGGCUGUUAGAAAACACAAAGACACAAUCUUUCUGCAUCUGUCUGAUGGAUCAUCCAUGCAGUCUCUACAAGUCGUGUGUGAUCCAAAUAUUUUGAACAACGAUGUUACAUAUGGAAGCUGCGUCUCCGUGGAAGGUCGACUGGUGAAGAGCAAACACAGCGGACAGGAAGUGGAACUAAUUGCAGAGAAACUGACCGUUUUGGGGGAGUGUGAUCCUGUGGAGUAUCCAUUCAAAGCUAGAAAACGACAUCCACUGGAUUACACUCGGAGUUAUCCUCACUUGCGACCCAGAACCAAUUUGAUGACUGCUCUUCUGCGAAUCAGAAACACAGCAACCAUCACUGUUCACAACUUCUUUCAGAAACAUGGCUACUGUUUUAUACACACUCCAAUCCUGACAUCGAGUGACUGCGAGGGGGCAGGAGAAGUUUUCCAGAUAGAACCAUCUAGCUUAACCCCGUCACAUACUUCUGAUGACAAAGAAUCUGAGAAAUAUUUUUUUGGCAAACCAGCUUACUUGACUGUUUCUGGACAACUUCACUUGGAAACUGUGGCCAGUGCCCUUUCUAAAGUGUAUAAUUUUGGUCCAACAUUUCGAGCCGAGAAUUCCCGGGGACGACACCACCUGUCUGAGUUUUAUAUGAUUGAAGCAGAAGUCGCAUUUAUUGAAAAGCUGGAUGAUUUGAUGGAGAUCAUGGAAGACUUGUUAAAAACAACUGGUCAACACCUACUGGAACUGGCCGAUGUCAAGUUUUACCAUCAACACAUAACAGAACCCAGUCAUUUGGAGGUGGUUGAGAAAUCCUUGUCAAAGAAAUUUGAAAGAAUGUCCUAUACAGAGGCAGUUCAUCAGCUGGAGAUAAACAAUCCAAGUUUUCAGUUCAAAGUUUCAUGGGGCUGUGAUUUCCAAAAGGAACAUGAGAAAUACUUAACACACAUUGUUGGAGGGAUUCCAGUCUUCAUAACAGACUUCCCAGCCUCAAUCAAACCUUUUUACGCAAAGAUGAACAGUGAUGACAAAACUGUGGCAGCAGUUGACCUGCUGGUGCCAUCAGUUGGCGAGCUGAUUGGUGGAACUCUUCGCGAGCACCGAUUCAGCGUUCUCGACUCCAAGCUGGACUCCAUCCAGAAGAGAGAAAACUAUGAUUGGUAUCUUGACUUGCGGAAGUUUGGUUCAGCACCUCAUGGCGGUUUUGGAAUGGGAUUCGAGCGAUAUUUACAGUUUCUGCUUGGUGUUUCAAAUAUCAGAGAUGUUAUUCCCUUUCCGCGGUCACCAAGCAACUGCAAGUUGUGAUAAAUAAUAAAUGGAAUAACAGACUGAGUGUCCUUGGCAAUAUGUUGUUGUUGUGUUUACAUACAUUUGUUAUUUCACAUUUGAUGUUGACCUGUUCUACUUUGUGGGUGAAGGAUAUCUUAGACUAAGCCUCUGUGCGACUAAUACUGGGACGUAGGAAACACAUCUACAACGUGAUCAAAUUGAUUGAUGGUGUACCGUGUGCUGCCACGCUUUGAAAGGAUUAAAACUUGUUGACAGGCUUUCUGCCAGAAGGUUCGAAUGGUGAAAUUAUAUACCCUGAAAUCUUGGAAAUUAAUGGAUACAUUUUUUUAAUUUUCAGAAAGAUUAUAGUAAGAGAACUGCAGUUUAAAAUUUGUCAAAGUAAAUGAAAUGUAGUGUCAAAUUUCAAACCCAUAACUGAUCCAAAUUCGUUUUGAUUACAUACCCUCUAGUUAUUUUCUGGCAGAAAGCCAGGUCUGGGCAAAAUAAAGUUAACACUAAUUAAUCCUUAUCAGUAAACAUUUUCCAUGUACCAUAUAACCAGAACCUUUUGUGGUCUAAAAUGUUCAUGGUUUGAGGACUAAAAUAAUUUAAAGUUUUCUUAUUUUUGAGGUUUGGCAACUGAAAUGAGUUUUUGUGGUUUAACAUAUUGAAUAUCGCUGGUGCUACAGUUAAACAAUGGAGCACUCAUUUCCGAUUGCGUAAUAUGUCUGUUUUAGCAAGACAACUAAUGAGUGUUUGAUUCUUUUAUAAAGCCAAUUAAGAUUGUAUGACAUCUAGUGUGUAAUCUGAGUUUGACAUGUUUCAUUCAUAUUUGUAUAGUUUACUUUGAAAAUAAAAUAUGGUAACUUGUCAGUUUAUUAUAAUGAUAACAAUAUUAUGAAUAUUUUUCAUAGAGUUUGUUGAUAUUUUCACACUUUUAAGGUUUUAUAUUUUCACCAAAACUGUCUGGUUAUACGGUAUUCGAAACUGUUCUGGUGCAUGGAUGAUAUUCCUGAAUGUUUUCAAGAAGCAAGAGCAAACACAUUGUAAAUCUCAGGACAGGCAGACCAGCUCACGUGUUUAUAGGGUGACAGGCAGAUUUCCUACCAAACUAAACGAAAAUGGCUGAAUCUGAAUUUACAACAUUUAUUCAUAUUUACAUUACUACCAAACUGCUUUGUAGGGUUCCAAACGAAUCACUACACAUAUUUAUACACCUAUCUACUUGGAAUGGUGGUGUGUCGUGUACGAUUAUUAUGUCACUGUGACCUACUUUUGACAGUCUACUGCACAUAACAGUUAUUCCUUGUCCGGACCAUAUCUUGCAUACAGAUGCAUACAGGACCAUCAAACCACAUGUAGGAACAACUUGGGAUGGUGGUGGGUCCAAAACAAACUGUUCAUCCAUCCAAUUGCAAAAAUAGAUAGAUAUGAUUUUCCAUCAAACUCCUGAGCGUAUCAUGUAUCUCACCGGUACUCUUGUUACAUGAAUUGCUAUUAAUUAUAUUGUGUGUGGAAUGAUGGAAAUAAACGUUUUCAGGCCAAA